AUGCAAUUCCCAGCUAUCUUCUACUUCCUCUUGGCCACCGUCGUCGCUAAGAACAUCUUGUUGACCAACGAUGAUUCUUGGAUUUCCACCAACAUCAGAGCCACCUACUACAAGUUGAAGGAGGCCGGCCACACCGUCUACUUGGUUGCCCCAGCCAACCAAAGAUCCGGUUUCGGUGGUAGAUUCGAGGUUCCAACCUCCAACAAGUUGACUGUCGAUGGUGAAUUCGGUUAUGUCAAGGCCGGUGACCCAGCUUGGGGCCACGAACCUAACGACGACCACAUCUGGUACUUCGGUGGCUCCCCAGCCUCCAGUGUUGCUUUCGCCUUGAAGUACGUCCUCCCAGUCCACUUCAAGACCAACGACACCAUCGACUUGGUUGUUGCUGGUCCUAACGAAGGUACCAACUUGUCCCCAGGUCUCUUCACCAUCUCCGGUACCAUUGGUGGUACUGUUGCUGCUGUCUACAGAGGUCUUCCAGCCGUCGGUUUCUCCGGUUCUAACGGUAACAAUACCCUUUACUCCGACUUCUUGGACUUGUCUGACGAAUUGGAGCCAUCCACCAUCUACGCCAACAAGGUUGUUGAAUUUGUCGAUGAGCUUUUCAAGGCCCAAGGUAACAACGACAGAGCCUUGCCAUUGGGUGUCGGUCUUAACGUCAACAUGCCAGACGUUGGUUACCGUAACGAAUCCUGUACCAACCCUAAGUGGACUUCUACCAGACUUACUGGUCACAACGCUUACGCCCCAGACUUGCUUUACGAUGCCGACAAGCAAAUCUUCAGCUACCACACCAGCACCUUGGAUGCUCUCACUGUCUGUGCCAACGGUGACUGUACCUUGCCAUCUGAAACCGACAUUGUCGAACACACCAAGUGUCAAUCUUCCGUGUCUGUUUUCAACAUUGACUACGAUGCCAACGCUGCCUUGACCGAGCAAACCAACGAACUCUUGAAGCCAUUGUUUGCUUAA